AUGAAUAAACUCACUCAACGUCCUCCAUUCUCUCUCACUUGCAGAGGAAGGAGAAACAGCAGAGGUGAAUUUGGAGACCCGGUGUGUACCGCUCAAGAUGUGCCGCCUUGCAGAACAUUUGACAGUCUUCCAUCCACUUCUUCCCUCCCUCCCACCACCUCCCCCUCCCCCACUGCACCAGUCACCACCUCAGCUACCAGCUCUGCCUUCUCCCCCAUCACUGAGGACCCCACUGCCACCCAGGGAGAACAAGAAGAAAGUGACACUCUCCUAAAUCUGAACCUUACCAAAGAGACAGUCAUAGUACUGGGGAUUGGAGUGUUGUUGUUCAUAGUGCUACUGGUACUGGUGGUUGUUCUUGUGGCCUGCAUAUUUCACAGGAGAAAGCCGGUCCAGUUUCGCUUCAAGACUCCGCCAGCUGGUACAGUCAUAGGCACUGCAGUGACUGGAGUGAGAGUUGUCUCUCCAGAGACUACCGUCCACCAUACAAACGGGAUUUCUGUCUCAAGCAGGAGCGACGAGAUGUACAUCAACUCUGCAAUGCAGACUUCUCUCCUACUAAUUCAGACGGAAACGAACCAACUGACACCUCGCGAAAUCAUAACGCUUACAUCAUCUCUUCAAAGACUGGGAAAAGAACGCGACCCUACGAUCAUCUCGUCGAAACAGAAAACGAGCGGGGCACCCCUCAUCUGCUACCCAGACCAGAGAGUGAAACAGGCUCUCGAGGCUCGAAGUACAUAUAUACUUACGUUCCCAACAGAGGAACAGAGGAGACUGUUGCAACUACAGAACACUGGUCGAUACGAAGUCACUGAGGAAGUCACCGAAGUAAAAGGCUACGAUCGUCUGAGGUUCUUCAAGGAAAGUAAGACCUUCUGGUCGCCAGCCGCCACCACCUCCGGUCUCUAUGCCCAACUCUACGAGAACAAGUACAGAGAACUCCCCAGGGAACAGAUCGCAAUCCAGGAGAAGAUAGGAGCUGGUCAUUUUGGGAGUGUGAGUAAGGGGCUGUGGUUGCUGAGGGGAGAAAGUGGGGAGGUGGUGGAAGGGGAGGGGGUGCAGGUGGCAGUAAAGGUGGUGAAGACUGAGGCAGAGGAGGUCCAGAGAGUCAAGCUGCUCCAGGAGGCGGCCAUCAUGGGCCAGUUUGCUCACCCGAAUGUUGUCAGACUCAAUGGAGUGGUCACUGUUGGAGAUCCUGUAAACUAUGAUAGUCUUGGAGUACAUGCCUCGUGGAGAUUUGAAGAGCUUUCUCCAGAGGAUGAGACCUCGAGUAACAAAGAGACUAGUCCCAAGAGAGGCUCCAAAGCUUUCAUAAAGUUUGGGAAGGACAUCGCGGCCGGGAUGAGCUACCUGGCCAGGAAGAACUUUGUCCACAGAGACCUGGCCACCAGAAACAUACUCCUCUCUGACAGCCUCACCUGCAAGAUUGGUGAUUUUGGAAUGGCGAGAGACAUUGCUGGGUCCGGAGGAGGCAGUGACUACUACAAAUCUCACGGAGGAAUCAUUCCCGUCAAAUGGACUGCCCCUGAGUCUCUGAACUACAACAAGUACACUAGUGCCAGUGACGUGUGGAGCUAUGGAAUGGUUCUGUUUGAAAUCUGGUCUCUGGGCUACAAACCAUUCCACGACCUUGCCAACCCAAUCGUGAUAGCUCUGGUGACUAGCAAACACUGCCAAGCUCCGCCCCCUGGCUGUCCCAGACCAAUCUACCACCUCAUGGUGGAGUGCUGGAAUCCUAAGGACACACAACGGCCGACGUUUGACUGCAUCCAGACGUACCUGGACUCCCCCGAGGACAGUCUUCUCCAGUGGUCUCCCUCUGACACCCUGCCCGGGAAACAGGCUCAUCUACUGGGAGCCCCUCUCGUUGAGGGCAAUAAUCUGUACAUUGAUCUCCAACGGACGUACCAGAACCAGUUACUGGCUGAGACACAAUCCAACAACAACACAUAGCACUAUAUCCACAUUAUAACUCUCUGUCUUUUUGUGUAUCUACAAUUCUAUAUAAGGAGCACUCAAUUUUUGUGCAAGCGCUUGCAAACAUAUGGACUCAGCGAAUUUUAAAACACUUCCGUCUUAUGUACUAAUACACUUGCAGUCUUUGCACUAGGAGAAGUAGCUAGAGGUCAGAGGUGUUCAUGUUGCCACAUAGUCAUACACGAGAGUACUAGUGGUCCUGUUGUCUUCCACUGGUCCGUAGGCUGGAUUAUCAGCUGUUGAAAUGGUAGUUGAUACGUAGGCAACAUUUGUACUGGCAUCAAUAGGCCUCUCUGAUUUACGGAUUUCCCCAGAUGUGGUAGAUAUGUAGGCCUCAUUUGUUGCAGUAGGGAUAUCUCUCUCUCCUGAACCACUGGUAGUGCCAUAGGCUGGGUUGGUAGUAGCUACAACAUCAUUGUCCACUGUCCCAUAGGCUUCAUUUGUAUCGGUCUUUACAUCGUGAUCGUGAAUGUUGUAGGCAACAUUGUCAGUUAGUUGAGGUCUUUUCCUUCUCCUUUGCCUCACACACAGCAAAAUCACAACAGUUGAGACCAUGGAAACCAGUAGUAAUGAAGCAACACCAGCAAUUGUACCCACGAUGCUGGAAGCUCCUGGUGUGUUUCUGUUGACAGAUGGUGGAGAGGGUGAAGCUCCAGUCAUGGUUGUGAAAGCGGUAGGUGGAGGACUUGGGACUGGUUGUGCAGUAAUGUUCUCCCUUGAAAGGUUCCUAUAUACUAUAAUGGUACUAACUCACUCACCUAUAUCACCAGGCAUUGAGGGGGAGACUGAGGUUGUGGGCAUUGGUGGUGUAGUGACAAAACUGAGGCUGAUGAUGGGAGCUGCAGAGGUUGAAUCACUGAGAGAAUAGGAAUUACUGUCACCUGAUAUUGGAAACCCACACUCAGUAGGAUUGGGUCCCACCAAGAGCAUAGUGUGACUUUAUGUCUCCCCUUGGUAGAUCAUCUUUGUAAUGAACUACCACAUUAUUGUGAUUUUC